CCCCUCGUAUCGUAGCCACCCUCUCUCUCUCUCUCUUCUCCACUAGAGAGAGAGCCAUGAAAUAAUCUCUUACCUCUCUCUCUCUAUUCCCCAAGAGAAGUCUGCCCUUCUGUAGACCUCUCUCAAUUCAUUAAUAGCGUUAAUUAUUGCAAUAUCGUCGAAUGGUCAGGAUGGAUAUUCUACGUGUUUUUCCUCACAUUCUCCUUCUAUUUCUCGUCCUUGGCCCGAUCUUCUCCUCGGCCGUGGACCUACGUCCGGACUACUACCGGAAAACGUGCCCUGAUUUCAAUAAAAUCGUACGAGAGACGGUCACGGCCAAGCAGGUUCAACAGCCAACGACCGCGGCCGGGACCCUACGUCUUUUCUUCCACGACUGCUUCUUAGAAGGAUGCGAUGCGUCCGUACUGGUGGCCACGAACUCUUUCAACUCGGCCGAACGGGACGAUGACCUGAACGAGUCCCUCCCCGGUGACGCCUUCGACAUCGUCACUCGUAUCAAGACAGCCCUUGAACUCUCUUGCCCUGGCGUCGUCUCCUGUGCCGAUGUCCUCGCCCAGGCCACGCGUGAUCUCGUCACCAUGGUUGGAGGUCCUUUCUUCGAAGUCAAGCUCGGUCGGAAAGAUGGGUUGGUGUCCAGAUCUAACAAGGUACGAGGAAACCUACCGAUGCCGAACCAGACGGUCGACCAGAUCUUCGGAAUGUUCAAGAAGAACGGUUUCACUCUCCGGGAGAUGGUGGCGUUGAGCGGAGCUCACACCAUUGGAUUCUCUCACUGCAAGGAAUUCAGCGACCGGAUCUUCGGGUCACGUGCCGAUAAGGAGAUCAACCCUCGAUUCGCGGCUGCCCUCAAGGAUCUUUGCAAGAACUACACGGCCGACGACACGGUCGCGGCCUUCAACGACGUGAUGACGCCCGGGAAAUUCGACAACAUGUACUUCAAGAAUCUGAGGAGAGGGUUGGGGCUGUUGGCUUCGGACCAUGUUUUGUUUAAGGACAGGAGAACGAGGAGGUUCGUGAAAUUAUACGCGGCGAACCAGACAGUGUUCUUCGAUGAUUUCGCACGUGCGAUGGAGAAACUCGGCCAGGUCGGCGUCAAGGGCGAUGGAGAAGGAGAGGUGAGGCGCAGGUGCGACCAUUUCAACGAUCUAAACGUAUGAGAAAAACGUUCUGAUGGUCUGCUUGUUCCGUUUGUCAUGAACUAUAUUACAAAGUGCGUAUAUAUAUAUAUAUAUAUAUAACCAUUCAGGGGGUGGGAUUUACAUUUUCUUUUCAUGGAAAAUGCGAUUGUUAUAUGAAGGUAUAGAUGUCAUAUUAUGGAGAUUCUAGAUCAAGUUUUAUCUA